ACAAUUUAUAAUAUUUUUAUUCCUUAUUAUUCAUCAUAAAAAUUAAACGAGGGCACUUUAGAGAAAUUUUCGUUUUUAUCUAUAGCGUGCCGAUAGCAAUAAUUUUACCGUCAAUAUUUACGCGGGCAUAAUAUAUAAAUCUCAAAACUACCCCCAGAAAAACAAAUCAAUUCGCGACGGAGCGGUGAACUAUUAAAUAUUUUAUGAAGAGGAUGAGUUUAGCAGUGGCGCUAGGAAGCGGUAUAGAGUGUAAGAUAUGAAUGUGUCUGUGUAUUGGGGAAAUUAUGUUGUGUGUACAAAAAUAGCCCCGAAUUCGAAAUAUAGUUAGUCGGCUAGGUGGAGAGGCGACUGACGUGCGUGCAGGUAUCCGCGCUGCACCGCUGCAUUACGCGAUUCCGCGAACGUGAACCGUGUACUGUGACCUAUAAACCGUGAAUGAAAAUCUUUACAAAUUAGAGGGUUGAAGCAAGCUCAGCAGCAUGGCAUCAGAGCAGGGCACCACCGUGCAGCUGUACAUAUAUGACCUCACACAUGGAUUUGCUUCAUUGUUGGCCCCAGCUAUUAUUGGGCGGCACGUGGAGGGCGUGUGGCACACGGCGAUAGUCGCCUACGACCGCGAGUUCUUCUAUGGCGGCGGCGGCAUCACCAGCUGUGCGCCGGGCGCGACGCAGCUGGGCGCGCCUCACAAGGUGGAGCGGCUCGGCGAGACUUUCGUGCCGUUCCAGGUGUUCGUCGACUACCUGCAGGGACUCGCCACUACCACAUACACGCCGGGCAUGUACAACCUGCUGGAGCACAACUGCAACCACUUCAGCGACGAGGUGGCGCAGUUCCUGUGCGGCGCGCGCGUGCCCAAGCACGUGCUGUCGCAGCCCGACGAGCUGCUGGACGCGCCGCAGCGCGCCGCGCUGCAGGGCCUGCUCGCCAACCUGCUGCCCGACUCCACCAACCAGAUGCUGUACACUAACGGGUCGCGGCUCGCGCGGCAGGACAGCCCCGACUACCUCACGCUCAACAACCAGAUAGACGAAGUCAGGCUGCAGUCGGCGGAGCUGGAGCAGCGCCGCUGCACGCUCGCCGAGAAGCUCGCGCGCAAGGAGCGCAAGCGCGACAAGAAGCGCAAGAAACACCUGCGCGACCACGCACCGCCACUGCCCGGGGACGAGGACAUGGCAGAAGCAGUGGAGACGGCGAGCAGCGCGCACGAGGAGCUGUCGCGAGCGGGGCCCAGCUCCGAGGCGCUGGAGCUGGAGGCCGACGAGCGCCGCCAGGAGGAGCAGCGCAAGCGCGACCGCGACCCGCCCAUCGUCUACAAGGACAUCGACGGCACAGUUGAAUUUGAGAAAUUCUCAAAAGCUCUGGAAGGUGUCGACUUGACCCCGGAGGAGCGCCAGUGCGUUGAUGAGCUGCAGCAGUACCUCGUGCACGGCGAGGGCAGCUGGGUGCUCGGCGACGACUUCCUUCUGUUUAUAGGGCGAUUAUUAAACGACGACAGCGUGAGCUGUGAGGUGCGCGUGAGUGCGCUGCGCUGCCUGGCGGCGGCGGCGCUGCGCGAGGACGUGUCGCUGGUGCUGCACCAGGACCGGCGCCACCACGCGCUGCUCACGCAUGCGCACCGCAUCGACACGCGCCCGCUCCCCGAACAACAAGCACUCGCACUCUUCAUGUGCAAUCUGUUCGAGAACAUCUCGUCAUCGGAGUGGCUGCUGUACAUCAGCGAAUGGGACUCCAACGGACAACCACUCUCCAACAUACGUGCCACCACUAAGGUGUGCGUGCACGCGACGCUGAGCGAGGACGCGGAGCUGCGCGAGGUGGGCACGGCGCUCAUGCACAACAUCGCCACCAAGGAGCGCUUCCAGGUGGGCAAGGCGCUGCGGGACCUGCUGCCGAAGAGGGCCAAAUGCAAGGUGUUCGACGAGGUGUGCGUGGAGCUGGCGAUGGCGCUGCUGCAGCUGCUGCAGUGGGCGCCGGGCGAGGAGCAGCUGCACCGCGCCGUGAAGGCCCUGGCGCGCCUCGCGCAGCACUCGCAGGAGGUGCCGCAGCUCGUGGCGCUCGUGGGGCCCGACCCCGCCGCCUUCAGAGGCACGAGUCCGCGCGUGGACGAGCAGAUAGACCUGAUCAUGCAGAAGGUGAAGUAGUCGCGCUAGGAGUAAGUACUCGCGCUGCGACGGCACGCGGCACCACCCACCACCGGCACCACCAGCACCAGCAGCACCACCAACACCGGUACCGCGUAUCACCAACCAACUAAUGCGCAAUUGUACAGCUAAAGAGAUAUGUCUGAUAACUUCACUUUAAAAGUGUUUCGACACAGUAAGUAAGUUUCUGUCUCUUAAGUUAUGCAUGUAGGUGCACCUUUAGUAGAUAACUGCAAAAGGAUUUUUGCAGAAUUUGUUUAAUUUGGAAUGUAGUUUAUCACCUAAUGUGGUGGGUCAGUGGAAACGCGACUUUUAAACCAGCCUUUGGUAGUUGUUUAUUUUUUAUCUUGUUUGUGAUAUAUAGUUACCACUUUAAUAUUAGAAAUUAUACGAUAGUUUGGUUAGAAAAUUGAAUAGGGUUUUUUUGGGGGUUGGUAUUAUAAAUUUGAGUGUUGAUGUAAUGGUUAACAGAAAUGAAAUAUUAGUUUAUAUUAGUAAAGAGAACCAUUUUAAACAUAGGUUUAGAUUGUUUUUGUACAAAGGCGUGGUCGUGUUUCCAACGCGUCGGUCGCGGGCGGCAGGUUGUACAUACCGCAUCGUGUAACGCGGCGGACGCUAGAGAGCGUGCGGGCGCGGGCGCGGCGCGACACCUCGCGCUCACCAAUACUGCGCGCGUCGUAAUGACUGUACGACUAGCAAACCUUCGGACGUGCUCAGUUUUGGGAGCCACCGAGAAGCUCAAUUGUAGAUAAUAUCUAAAAACAAUGCAUAGAGGUUAAUUUCUUGCCUCUAAGAGGCCAGCCCGUUGACCUAUGAAUUGUUGAAAUGUCCAUGUUAUUUGGAUUAGUAAGAACUGAAUACAUUCGUAUUGUAGUGUGUCAGCGCAUGCCGCCAUUCCGCUCGAGCUCCUAAUAUUUAACAUAGUCGCAGUAUAUAGUAUGUAUAUCGUGUAUGUAUAUUGUAUAAUGUAUAUUGUAUAACGUUGCUAGCACUAACACGCCGGGGACGGUGCAUUUACACUUACUGUAGCGGGGCGUGCAAUACUCCACAAAUAUAACAAUACUUAUACAUUUUAUAAUGUUAUUCUUAUUAUACAUGUUUUAGACUUUAAUAUAUAAUUUAUUGCCAAUUUCUAAGCUAUAAAUGUAAGUAAUAAAAUUUGAAUAAAUUUUGAAUCGAGCCUCCGCUUAAUGAGAUCUAUUUCGUAUAAUCGACUCGAUCGUUCAAGUCGUCAAGACAGUGCAGUAAUGUUUACAAAUUGAAUCAAAUUCAAUGCAUUGUUUGUAGACGAGCUACUUCACUGUUUUGAUGUUAUUAGUGAUUAAACUCUCCUGUUGGUAUUGUGAGGGUUCCUUGUGCAUCCCCGCGCACUAUUUGAAUCUUUGUAAACUAUUGUGAUCGUUUUCUGAACACGUGUUGUAUCUAUAACGAGUUGUAAUAAAUUAUAUCACACGCAUA